CAAUCUGUUCUCAUUUGAAAUUCACAUUCAUGAUUUAUAGCUGUUGUUCCACCCAUAUUGUGCCCUUCUUGACAACAUUAUGAAGAAUGUUGUUCAAAACAGAUUUAUGCCACACGUCGUACCGUUCUCUAAGAACAGAAUGUAUUUCUGUUGUGUGUCCACCUGCAGAAAAAAAAAGCAAAUGUAAUCUUUCUCCAGCACAUUUCCUUCCCUUCCGCUUCCUCGUUGUGUAACUAGAUUGGUGGCUGAUAUCUGACUGAGCAUGCUCCGUGUGCCUGCUCUAUCUCUGAUAUAAAGGUGUUCUCAGUUUAGCAUUGAUGACUAGAGAAACGAAUCCAAAAUUAGCUGCAAUUCUCCACUGAAACCUGCGAAACCUCUGUCAAACCAAGUCAAAAUCACACUUGUGUAUUAUAAAAACUCUGUGGCUUUGCCAGCAGUUGAAGACUUACAAGUAAUGCUUACAGCAAAUUUCAGAGAUUAAACUGGAUUAGCAGUUCCUUACGUAAUGUUCCGCAUUCGUCAUUUUUCAGGAUUUGACUAGCAUGAGAGGGAUUGGUUUGGUGGGCGGCCAGAUCACAAAACACUCACAAGUGGUUUAAAGAGCAUCUCUGCUUUGAGGCUACGGUGAAAUUAGCUAGCUACCAUAGCUUCACGCCCUAAUACUGGGCCACAGAUGAGAUGAUGUUCUGCACGACCUUCCUGUCCGCCCCAUCCGAGGAGUUUUUAGAGAGCGUUUCGAGGCCAGACGGGAGCUUGGUGCCCCUGCAGUGCUUGGUGUUGUCAGGGGAUGAACUGAACGCACCUAUGCCUCGGCCUUGUCUUCAUACACUGCUGAAAUUCAGCUGCGACAGACCCUCCAUCUCUACAGAGGACGUCCUCUCGGGAGGUGCUCUGGGUCACGCUGGAGGUCACCGGAAGCUCUUGGCUCUCGCCCAAGGACCCACUCUCCUGAUGGCAACGGUGGACAUCAAGAAUCCCGAGAUCAACAACAAACUCAAUGUGUCCCAUAAGAAUAACAUGUUGCACAGCGGCCUUAACAAGAAGAAGAAGAAGGGCAAGGGCAGUCGGAAGCUGACGAAGGCUGACAUUGGGACACCAAGCAACUUUCAGCACAUCGGUCAUGUAGGAUGGGAUCCGAACACAGGCUUCGAUUUGAAUAAUUUGGACCCAGAGCUGAAGAACCUGUUCGACAUGUGUGGCAUCUCUGAGGCCCAGCUCAAAGACAAGGAGACGUCUAAGGUCAUCUACGACUUCAUUGAGAAGAAGGGCGGUGUAGAGGCUGUGAAGAAUGAGCUGAGGAGACAAGCACCCCCACCUCCACCCUCCCGGGGCGGCCCACCUCCCCCACCCCCUCCUCACACUUCUGGGCCCCCACCUCCACCACCCCCAGUGCGGGGACGAGGAGCCCCACCACCCCCUCCACCUUCAAGGGCCCCGACGAGCGCUCCUCCUCCGCCUCCUCCAUCCCGGCCUAACAUGGGAGCGCCUCCACCGCCUCCUCCCAGCAGAGGGCAUCCACCUCCCCCUCCACCUGCCCCCGCCUCCAUGCCCCCUCCCCCGCCACCGCCUCCUCCAUCCGGAGGAGCCGCCCCACCUCCACCUCCUCCUCCACCGCCGCCUCCUGGACCUCCUCCAGCUCCUGAUGUGGACGGAGGCCACAGUGAAUCAGUGCCCUCACCCAUGGGCGGGAAGUCAGCUCUGCUGGAGCAAAUCAAGGAGGGCGCUCAGUUAAAGAAAGUGGAGCAAAACAACAGGCCAGUGUCGUCCACAGGACGGGACGCACUACUCGACCAGAUCCGACAGGGCAUCCAGCUCAAAACGGUAUCAGAUAAUGACUCAGGACCACCCACCCCUGCUCAGUCAGCAGGUAUUGUUGGCGCUCUGAUGGAGGUGAUGCAAAAGAGGAGCAAAGCCAUCCACUCCUCAGAUGAAGAUGAGGAUGAUGAGGAUGACGAAGACUUUGAGGAUGAUGACGAAUGGGAUGAUUAAUCCUGCAACAGUAACCCCAACCAGUAGAGUAAAUGAUACUAAAUUGUCACUUCCCCAAAUCUUACGCUCAUUCUGUGUAUGUUUUUUUCUUUUCCAAAUCGCUGUAUAUUUUUGUUGCUUUUUUUUUUCCUUUUUUUAAAUCUGUGCAAUACCUCAUGUAAUCUGUAAAGUACUGUCAUUUAUCCUCUGUAAAAUAAUCUCCUGGAAUAACCAUGUGAAGUUUAAUGCCAGGAUUCAUGAUUUGUUGACCUGAAUGUUUUUGUUCCCCUGUGAGCGGGGAAAGGGAGAUAAACGGGACGCUCGAUGUCCUUAUUAAUUGUUGAUUAAUGAUUUAGAUAACACUAUUUUCAUACCCUAGUUUUCUGUACCUCCGAUUUUCUUAUUCAAAUCCUAGUUUAGCAUUUUUAGAUUUGGGUGAGAGGUUCUCCUGUCAUAAUGAGUAUGUCCCCUGUAUUGUUUCCCUUGUAAAUGUAAACCAGGCUGAUAUAUUGAGGCUAUAUAUAUUUUUGCACGAAUAACAAAAGGAAAUUCACUGCAGGAUGAGAACACAUUGGCUUUGAAUAUGAUUUCUGUGGUAAUCAUGAUCAGCAUAACACUACGUUGCACGUCACAAAGUAGACCGUUCUGAGGUUUUGUUUUCACUUUAUUAACAAGAAAAUAAUAUACAGUAGAUUCAAACCGGCAGAGUCUUGAGUACAGCUUGCUCCUGAAUGUGAAAAACCAUCAGUUCACAAAUAGAAUUUCAGUCAUAUCAAGCAAAAAAAAUAAAAAAGCACUUCACAUAAACACACACAAUUUAAACUUCCAUUUGUUACAAGCUUUUACAGGUCAAUGCUUGACUUGACAACUACAUUUAAGGUAAUGGAAAACCGCAAGCAUUUGUGUACAAUUAAUGCUGGUUUAACAGUAUUGUCUGUCUGAACUGAAUAUGCUGUCCUUGUCCUGUAAGGAUAGUGCUGAAGAAAUUGUGUAAUUGACAUCAAAUCUUGCAAGAGGGUUGGAAUGUGGACUGAAAACACUAAAUUCUAUACUUAAAUAAAUGGUAAUAUUUACAAACCUGA